CAUCGGGGACCUGCUGAUCAAUCCCAGCCGUCCAAACAAAACGACGACGCUGGGCGCUCGCAGCGGUGAAAGCUCAAACGGCAUACAUACUUCCUCCCAAAUUAGCAAAAUAGAAGCACAAAUGGAGGAUGGAUGAUAGAAGAAGAAGAAGAAGAAAAGCCCAUUCGUCUGCGGCUUUUGAGGAGGACAAGAACAUGGCUCUAAAGAAUAGCAACGAUCACUGGGCAUUUCUGGUACAAAUCAUCUUCCUUGAACUUGAAGAAAUUGAAGCGCCUAUGUGGGUUGAUCUCACAUUAGAAGCCAACUCAACAAACCAACAUAUUGAUGAUGACUGGUUUUAUAGAAGCCAUCUGUUCCACCAAUGCUCUUCACGCCAGUUGAAGGCUGCAUUUUCGAAUUCCGGUGAGGAUAGUAUAGGCCUAAACUUUGACUUAGUAGGACCAUCUUCACCACAACUUCCGUCUUCUGUCUCUAAGUCAAGAGGCAAAGACUUCGUAAGCAAGAAAUGGAGAGGGGAAAACCAGGAUUUUACAGAUAAGCGGCACCUAGACAAAGUUCUGAGUGGGACAUCUUCCUGUGGGAAUUCAGGGUCCAGUGAUAAGAUGAAACCCAAAUCAAGCUUUAUACAGUUGAAAGGAACAUCCAGUUCCAAAUCAAGUUCAGUUUGCAAAAGCAGUUUAACUACAAAUCACAUACCCAGUUGCUCUAAGCCAACGUCUUCUGGUGGGGAUCCAACAUGUAGUUUGAGUUCUGUGACAAACAAGGCAGAUGAAAGCAGUACAACAAGCACCAUAACAUCAGAGAUUGGUCAGCAGCAGCAACAACAAAAGUUUAUGGAGAAAUCAAAUCCAAUAUUGAGUAAAACAAAUGGGAUAUUUUCAGUCAUAAAGGCUGGUUUCAGGAAAAGUGGUAUUACAAGGCCAGCAGCCAGAGUGGAGAUUAAUGGUGAUAGAAGGCAAUCAAGAGUCCAUAAAUCUUCAUCCAGUAAGUCUAGUGUGGGAUCAUCAUCAAAUCCUCGUUCUGAGGGCAGGGCCUCAACAUCUACAUCAAUACAGUACAAAGAAAGAACCCCAGAUAGCAGAAAUGUGGCAAGAAUGAGUUAUGCAACCAAGAACAGAAUAAGACCUUCCAAAGUAUCCAAGCCGUCUACUCAUAAGAUUGAGAGAGGGACUGCAAGCAACAGAAUGGGACCUAAUGUUUCGAAGUCAGUCCACGUGGAAGCUGCAAAACCAAAGGUUCAAAAUCAGAUUCAGAGAAGGAAACCUCUGGAAUCAGUUAGAGUUAAUGAAAAUAAAUCAACUACUGCUACUGUAAAAUCCAAGGAGAAACCAGUAGUUGGUGGAUCUAACAGAAUGGCUGCCUCAGGAAAAGAGAAUGUGAAAGGGAAGAUGGCUGGGAGUCAGAAAUGCAGUAACAAAGGCAUUGCUCCAGUAACCAAGGUUUGGAGUCCGAAGGGGACAAAACAGAGCAUUUUGCAAAGGACUGACAGAACAGGACUGGCUGGGAAGGGAAAAAUGGACGGUCAAAGCCAUUUGGUAAGCCUGAAGGAUAUUCCAAAGAGACCCCAUUUCAGAUGAGAGACAGAGACCAGUGCAGCCUAACCGAUUUGUAUGUGGAGCGUAAACCUAACAUCGGUUGUAACACUGGAGGCAAAGUAGAGUGAAACAAAGUUCGGCCACGGUGUGUCCAACAUUUUGGUGGUAUCAUUUUGUUCUUGUGGCGUCAAACUGUUCCAAAAAUUUCUCACCCAG